UGGCUGUGACGUCCCGGGUAUUCAGGACCGACCCGGACCCAGCUCAGAAGUCCUGACCAGUGGUGAGAGCGCGGUGGGAAGAACGAGUCACGGAGGAGCGGCUGGCGAACCAAGCCCAGCCCGGAGGGAACCAUGGUCUCCGCGCGGCCGCCGCUGCUGCUGUGGCUGCUGUGUCUGUCCUUGGAGCUCACAGGCGCGGGGACCCGGAGGGUUAUAGUGCUGGCGCCCAACGAGGUACGUGGCUUCCUGGACCAGACAGUGACACUGCCAUGCAACCUGCAGCCUCUGGAGCCCGGCGUGCAGGUGACGCAGGUGACCUGGAUGCGGCGAGAACCAUCCGGGAAUGCGCACAGUGUGGCAGUCUUCCAUCCCACCCAGGGCCCCAGCUUCCCACACCCCGAGCGUUUGCAGUUCGCCAAAGCCAAGACAGGUGUGGAGCUGCAGGACGCAUCGCUGAUGGUGAGUGGCUUGCGUGCAGAAGACGAAGCCAACUACACCUGCGAGUUCGCCACGUUCCCACAGGGCAGCGGGAGCGCCCAGACCUGGCUCCGAGUGUUCGCUGAGCCUCAGAACCAGGUUGAGAUCCAGGAGGAUCUGCUGGGCACAGAGCCUGUGGCCAAGGCCCGCUGUGUCUCCACGGGGGGUCGCCCACCCGCCCGAAUCUCCUGGUCCUCCUCACUUCAGGACAGAAAUGUCACCAUGACCCAGACACCAGGUCCCCUACCCGGCACAUUCAACGUCACCAGCAUCUUUAACUUUAUACCCUCAAGCCUGCUAUAUGGCCAGAAUGUCACCUGCAGAGUGGAGCACGAGACCUUCAAGGAGCCCGUCCUGCUGAAGAUGACCCUCGCUGUGCGCUACCCUCCUGAAGUCUCUAUCUCUGGCUAUGAUGACAACUGGUACCUUGGCCGAAAUGAGGUCACGCUGAACUGUGAUGUUCGGAGCAACCCCGAACCCACAAACUAUGUCUGGAGCACGACCACAGGUUCUCUGCCUCCUUCUGCUGUGACCCAGGGCAGCAGGCUUCUGGUCCACACUGUGGAUGAAUCAAUCAACACGACUUUCAUCUGCCACGUCACCAAUGACUUAGGGACUAGGCAGGCAGAAUUGACUGUUCUGCUCAAAGAUGAACCUCCUGGGGAGUCCAAAACAGGAUCGUUCACUGUGAUCAUCUCGAUUGUUGGGGUGCUCAUAGUGGCUCUGUGUCUGGCAGUGAUUGCUUUCUGGAAGUUCAGAAAAUCCCGUCGUUCCCACAGUAACCCUUCUGCUAAUAAGGACUCCAUGUAUGUUCCUGUGAGCACUCCCCAGGACCUGCAAGGGCAGAAUGCACAAGGCGACGGCAGGGGACAUGAAUAGAGAGAGACUGAAACUGCCAAGGACAUGGGCCUCUAGGCUGGACCCCACCAUAAUGGAUGAAGCUCCCUGCCCAGAGACCGGCCACUCUCCUCCAAUGUUAGGACACAAGUGUGAGAAGUUAGGGGACCCCUGAGGCCACCCUCAGUCUCAGGCUAGAAGGACUCCUAGAACUCAGGAAAGCUAUGAUACCUGUUACUAGUUAUGACACUGGACUGUAAAAGUGAUGGGCAACAGGAAGAAGAACAUGGGACAGGAGCAAAAGGGACCCGGAGCUUCCAGCCAUCCUGGGGGCUUCUAGUCCACACUCCCUGGGGGCGGGGUUACAAGUGCAUGCGUCUUCCAGCAAAAAUACACAUGGCUUAUUGCUGACCAGGAAGCUCACUUUAGUCUAGGUGUCCAGAAUUUUUAUUGAGGGGAGGGUCAAUGUCCAUACAGCCAACCUUAGUCACUAGCCCCUUCAGAGGUCAAAUCGAUAUAUGUGGCCAAGAACCCCACCAUCAGGCACUAAGAACAAAGGCUCCCCUGAGGCCCACAGCCUCCAGGUAAACAGACACUCCUCUAUGUCCUCUAGGGCAGGACAUAAGGGCUUGGACGUUACUCCCUCUCCAGGCAAGGUGAUCCUCUCCUGUACAGUGGGCCCCACAGAAUGUUCAACUGCCAGAGUCUGUUAAGAAUCUGACCUCUGGUCUUGAACUUCUCAGUCUCUAUGUUGGCUGAAUCUCUGUGGUUUUAACAAAUAGCUGCUGAUUGCUGUCACAAAGAAGGAACCAGAAGCUGAAACUCAGGCCCCUAACCCACCGCCUGGGGCUGUCUGGGGAACAGGAACCAUUAGGGGGUAUGAACUUGGAGGUCAUUCAUCCCAGAUACCCUCUGCCAAGACUAGAGUCCCAGGAAAGCAACUGCAGCCAGGGAACUGGUGUUGACAGGACCUCAGGACAGGAGCCAGUAACCACCAGCAAGAUGAAUUUCUAACACGUGGAGAAAGACGCUGAGGCAGCAUGAACUGGCUGUUCAGGAUGCAUGACCCUGUGACGGGUACAGGCUCAGCCAAGAGCAGAAGGCUGAGCCUCAGACAUACCUCCCAUGUCUACUUUCAAGCAGACUAUGAUCGUGGGCUGGCACUGGACUCCUCCUACAGAAAGAACUGUUUGAGAAAAUGCUCUGGGCGGUAAGACCUGGGGCCGGAGUGCUGAACCAGAGAGCACAUCAUGGGUUGUUGUGCAAGAAAAAAGGAAGACUCCGGAUUUGCUGUGAACAGACAUGAGAGCAGAACAGAAAGUGAUGGGAAGAGAUGGGAAACAUUACAAUGGUGGGGGGAGGGGUACAGAGGAUGAGGCUCCCAGGCAUGAGGGGCUCAGGGUGACCAGUGAGGCACCCCAGAAUCAUUGGCUCACUGUCACAUCCACCUCUUGGUUAUCCCCAGCUUGUAAAUACCUCAUUAAAAUUUAUUUAUUAUGGGGCCUCCCCGGUGUUUUAUAGUGAAAAACACUAUAAAGCUACCCACAGCCAGGGAAGUAACCCCCAAAGCACAGCAGACCUCCUCUCUCCCUACUGCUCCCCUCAGCAGUGUAUUUCA